GGAGGACCGUGGUCGCUGCCAAACGCGAGGGCGGCGCCCAGGUUUUCGAGCCGUGCGUAAGAGGGCAACUGGCCUGGAGUUUAGAGUUGGGGUGUGUGCCAUGGCCCCACACUGGGCUGUCUGGCUGCUGGCAGCAGGGCUGUGGGGCCUUGGCAUUGGGGCUGAGGUGUGGUGGAACCUUGUGCCCAGGAAGACAGUAUCCUCUGGGGAGCUGGCAACAGUGGUGCGGCGGUUCUCACAAACGGGCAUCCAAGACUUCCUGACACUGACCCUGACUGAGCGGACGGGGCUUCUGUACGUGGGGGCCCGGGAGGCCCUGUUUGCUUUCAGCGUGGAGGCCCUGGAGCUGCAAGGAGUGAUCUCAUGGGAGGCCCCAGCUGAGAAGAAGGUUGAGUGUAUCCAGAAAGGGAAGAGUAACCAGACGGAGUGUUUCAACUUCAUCCGCUUCCUGCAGCCCUACAACACAUCCCAUCUCUAUGUCUGUGGUACCUACGCCUUCCAGCCCAAGUGCACCUACAUUGACACAUUUACCUUCUCUUUGGAGCGUGGAGAGUUUGAGGAUGGGAAGGGAAAGUGUCCCUAUGACCCAGCUAAGGGCCAUACUGGCCUCCUUGUGGACGGUGAGCUGUAUUCGGCAACAUUCAACAACUUCCUGGGCACAGAGCCUGUUAUCCUACGUAACAUGGGGCCCCACUACUCCAUGAAGACAGAGUAUUUGGCCUUUUGGCUCAAUGAGCCUCACUUUGUAGGCUCUGCUUAUGUGCCAGAGAGCGUGGGGAGCUUCACCGGUGACGAUGACAAGAUAUACUUCUUCUUCAGUGAGCGAGCAGUGGAAUAUGACUGCUAUGCUGAGCAGGUGGUGGCUCGGGUAGCCCGGGUCUGCAAGGGAGACCUAGGGGGUGCACGGACCCUGCAGAGGAAGUGGACCACAUUCCUGAAGGCACGGCUGGUGUGCUCUGCUCCUGACUGGCAGCUGCAUUUCAAUCAGCUACAGGCACUGCACACCCUGCAGGACACCUCUUGGCACAACACCACCUUCUUUGGGGUUUUUCGGGCACGAUGGGGUGAUGUGGACCUGUCAGCAGUCUGUGAGUACCAGUUGGAAGAGAUCCAGAGGGUGUUCGAGGGCCCCUACAAGGAAUACCGUGAGCAAGCACAGAAGUGGAGCCGUUACACCGACCCAGUUCCCAGCCCACGUCCUGGCUCGUGCAUAAAUAACUGGCACCGCCGCCAUGGCUACACCAGUUCUCUGGAGCUGCCUGACAACACACUCAACUUUAUCAAGAAGCACCCGCUGAUGGAGGAGCAGGUGGGGCCUCGGUGGGGUCGCCCCCUGCUCGUGAAGAAGGACACUAACUUCACCCACUUGGUAGCUGACCAGGUUACAGGGCUUGAUGGAACCACCUACACAGUGCUAUUCAUUGGCACAGGAGACGGCUGGCUGCUCAAGGCUGUGAGCCGGGGACCCUGGGUCCACCUGAUUGAGGAGCUGCAGGUGUUUGAUCAGGAACCUAUGGAAAGCCUGGUUCUGUCCCGGAGCAAGAAGCUGCUCUUUGCAGGUUCCCACUCACAGCUGGUCCAGUUGCCCCUGGCCCACUGCGUGAAGUACCGCUCCUGUGCAGACUGUGUCCUUGCACGGGACCCCUACUGCGCCUGGAACAUCAACACCAGCCGCUGCGUAACCCCUGGUGGCCACUCUGGAUCUCUGCUGAUUCAGCACGUGACAAUCUUAGAUACCUCGGCCAUUUGUAACCUUCGUGGCACUAAGAAAGUCAGGCUCACUCCCAAAAAUAUCACAGUGGUGGCGGGCACGGACCUGGUGCUGCCCUGCCGCCUCUCUUCCAACCUGGCUCAUGCCCGCUGGACUUUUGGUGACCGGGACUUGCCCUUGGAACAGCCUGGCUCCUUCCUCUAUGAUGCCCGACUCCAGGCCCUAGUGGUGAUGGCUGCCCAGCCCCGCCAUGCUGGGGCCUACCAUUGCUUUUCGGAGGAGCAGGGGGCUCGACUGGCUGCCGAAGGCUACCUUGUGGCUGUGGUGGCAGGCCCAUCAGUGACCCUGGAGGCCCGGGCUCCCCUGGAAAAUCUGGGACUGGUAUGGCUGGCUGUGGUGGCCCUGGGGGCCGUGUGCCUGGUGCUGCUGCUGCUUGUUUUGUCACUGCGCCGGCGGCUGCGUGAGGAGCUGGAAAAAGGUGCCAAGGCGGCUGAGAGGACCCUGGUAUACCCUCUGGAGCUGCCCAAAGAGCCCACCAGUCCUCCCUUCCGGCCUGGCCCUGAGACGGAUGAGAAACUUUGGGAUCCCGUUGGCUACUAUUACUCAGAUGGCUCCCUCAAGAUUGUGCCUGGUCACGCCCGGUGCCAGCCUGGGGGUGGGCCCCCAUCUCCACCGCCUGGCAUCCCGGGCCAGCCCUUGCCUUCUCCAACUCGGCUUCAUCUGGGGGGUGGGCGGAACUCAAAUGCCAAUGGUUAUGUGCGCUUACAACUAGGAGGGGAGGACCGGGGAGGGCUUGGGCAUCCGCUGCCUGAGCUCGCUGAUGAACUGAGACGCAAACUGCAGCAGCGCCAGCCACUGCCUGACUCCAACCCCGAGGAGUCCUCAGUAUGAGGCGAACCCCCCCACCACGUUGGGGGGGCGGCGUGGGAGGUGCAGCUCCCACUUUUGCACAGGCACCAGCUACCUCAGGGACAUGGCACGGGCACCUACUCUGCCUGGGACAGACCCUGCCCAGCACUCGCCCGGCCAUAAGGACCUGCUCUGCUCAGCAUGGGCACUGCCACUUGGUGUGGCUCACCAGGUCACCAGACACAGAGGGUAUCUUCCUCCUCUCUGUGAGGGGCUGUGAAUCACGGACACAUGGGACCCCAACAGCCAAAACUUUUCAAGGCAGAAGUUCGAGAUGUGGGUGUGUUUGUUCAUAUAUAUAUGUGGGUGUUUGCACGUGUGUGUGACAUGGCCUUCCUGUUUCUGUCAAGUCUUCCCUUGGCCUGGGGUCCUCCUGGUGAGUCUUUUGGAGCUAUGAAGGGGAAGGGGUCGUACCACUUUGCCUCUUCUGCCCCCACCUGUCCCAAGUAUGGGCCAGGGAUGUACAUAUGGGGGUGGGGUGGGCAGGGUGCUAUGCCCCUUUGGGGGAGUUCAGGGCUCAGGGGUGGGCCUAGUCCUGCUCCUAGGGCUGUGAAUGUUUUCAGGGUGGGGGGGAGGGGGAUGGAGCCUCCUGUGUGUUUGGGGGAAGGGUGGGAGGGGCUUCCCACUUGGCCCCUGGGGUUCAGUGGUAUUUUAUACUUGUCCUCCCUUAAGGGGCUGGGAAAGGUUGUGGGGGGAGGGGAGGGAGAAAGGGUGAGUAUGCUGUGGAUCUGGCAUAUCCUCUCCCAGCCGUAGGAGGAGGAGGGCUUCUAACAGUGUAACUUAUUGUGUCCCCGCGUAUUUAUUUGUUGUAAAUAUUUGAGUAUUUUUAUAUUGACAAAUAAAAUGGAGAAAAUGA